GUGGUGGACGCUGGCGGGGAGGGCGCGGCCGUGCUGCAGCCGAUCCUGGACAGGGCGCUCGAGCUCGAGGGCGUCGCGACGUAUGGUGCAAAGAUGGUGGAGAAGGUUCAGGACCUGCUCGCGAGGCUCGACGCCGCCGCCCGCGGCCUCGACGCCCAGGCGGCGCCGUUCCUCGACGCGGCGGUCGCGGCCGCCGACGCCGCGGAGGCCGCGGGGCGGGCGGCCCGGGAGGCUGCCGCCCGGGAGGCGGCCGAGCGGGAGGCCCGCAGGGCGGAGGAGCAGGCCAGGAGCGCGGUGAACUCCCUGAAGGAGGAGGCCGCGCAGCGCCUGCAGGAGCAGCGCGAGGCCGAGGAGGCCGAGGCGAGGCGGCACGCCGAGGAGCGGGCCGCCGAGGCGCGGGCCGCCGCCGCCCGGGUCGCGGAGGACGAGGUGCUCCGCAGGGCCGAGGCGGACGGCGAGCUGCGGCUCGCGGAGGUGGGCCCCGACGCCGCGUGCGGGGAGGCGCUGGCGGCCAUGCUGGCUUGCCCAGUGGGCGCCUACAGGGAGGCCGUAGAGGCACUCGGCGGCAUGUUCGCCAGCAUCGCCGGGGAGCCGCAGGAGGCGCGGCUGCGGGUGAUCCGUGCGGGCAACAGCGGCUUCCAGGAGAGCCUCGGGCGGCGGCCGGGCGUCUGGCUGUUCCUCCGCGGCGCGGGCUUCGAGCCGCUGGCGCGCGAGGCGCUCCCGGCCGGGCUGCUGGCCUCCAUCGGCCUGGGCCCCGGGCCGCCCUCCGAGCGCUUCCUGCUGCUGAGAGAGCCGGACAUGAUGGGCGAGUACGAGACGUGUGGUGGAACAUCGGCCCAUCAUCCUCGGCUCCCUGGCGGAGCUGGCGCUGCGGCGCUCGGCGCACCUGGGGCAGGCUGGGCUCGACGUGCCAGCGCAGGGUCUGCUGCGGGCCUCCGAGGUGGUGCAGCGCUGGGAGGCGUGCCGCGGGGGCGGCUGAGGCCGCUGCUUGCCGCGAGGCGGAGCUGGGGUCUGCGGCGCGCGGUGGCAGAGCUGGCGCGCGCGGGGCACCCCUGGCCCGCUCCGAGUCGGGGCGCCCGAAGCUGGGACGGCGCGAGCCAG